CCUCUAUCUGACUUCUUAGUUAAUCUGUGAACUGUGAAGUAAUGGGUUUUUAAGCUCUCACUCUUGACAAAGACAGGGACUAAAAAAGGAAAACAGUUCACUGCUCGGACCAGGCUGAACCUGACUUCUCACCAAAUACCAAGCAGACGCAGAGGAUGCAGCAAAUGGAGGUAUCUGAUUAUGUUAAUGAGCCACCAAGACCAAAGCAGAAAGGCAGUGGGGAUGCACAUCAAACCGAGAGAAGACUCUGCCAGGUGGUUCUCCUCAGCUUUGGGCUGCUGUGCGUCAUACAAGCCAUUCUCAACGUUUCUCUACGCCUGACAUAUGUUUCAGAUGUCGAGGAUGAUUUCAUAACCCUGACUGAGGAGAGAGAUGACCUGAAGAGGAAGCUGAAUAGCUUAAGUCAAGGAGGAUGGGAGUAUUUCAGCGGUAGUUUCUACCACAUCUCUUCUAUCGAGAAAACCUGGCAAGAGAGUAGAGAUGACUGUCUUCAAAAGGGUGCAGACCUGGUGAUUAUCAACAGCAAAGAAGAACAGGAUUUCACAAGAACAAUUCAGAAGCUCAUUUGGAUUGGCCUGACUGACUCAGAGACGGAGGGGACGUGGAAAUGGGUGGACGGGACUCCACUGAACGAAGACGAAAGCUACUGGAAUUCUGAGGAGCCUAACGGUGGGAAAAGGGAGAACUGUGGGCAAACAUAUCGUUACCAUUUGGAAACCAGCUGGAACGAUGCACGCUGUGAUCAGUUAAUCAACUUUAUCUGUGAACUAAAAGUCCCUUCCCCUGCAACCAAAUCCAAAACCAAAAAAAAGAAAACCAAUACUAUAAAACCAAUAUUAUAAAUUGCUGAUUAAAUCUUUACAAAAGCAACCUGAAUUAGCUCA